CGAACCAUUAACGCAUACUGUAUACUGUGGCAUUUUAUUCGGGAUAAAUAUGGUGUGUGGCAGCUGAAUCUCUGACUCUCUCGCCUUUCUUUCAGAGACUGACUUCGUAUCUACAUGGGAAGAAUUCCCCACCAUAUGUGAUCAACCUGGAUCCCGCAGUCCAUGAGAUCCCUUUCCCAGCUAAUAUAGGUACAGGAUUCCUUUCCUGGGCCGGCUCUGAGUCGUGAAUAGAGCCACCUGUAACCAAUGUCGCUGUUUUGUUGUAGAUGUCCGAGACACUGUGAACUACAAGGAAGUUAUGAAGCAGUAUCCUUAGCACAUUACAGGUUACAUUACAGUAGAGGGAGGUACAGUAAGUGCUGUAGGUAUACAGUGUAUGUAUAUUUUAUUUAUAUAGCACUAACAGGUUUAUACAGUGAGGUACAGUAAGUACAGUAGGUAUACAGUGUAUGUGUAUUUAUAUAGCGCUAACAGGUGUACUCCGCACUUUACAGGUUACAUUACAGUAGAGGGAGAUACUGUAAGUGCUGUAGGUAUACAGUGUAUGUAUAUUGUAUUUAUAUAGCGCUAACAGGUGUACUCAGCACUUUACAGGUUACAUUACAGUAUAGGAUGGUACAGUAAGUGCAGUAGGCAUACAGUGAAUGUAUAUUUUAUUUAUAUAGCACUAACAGGUGUACUCCGCACUUUACAGGUUACAUUACAGUAUAGGAUGGUACAGUAAGUGCAGUGGGUAUACGGUGUAUGUGUAUUUAUAUAGCGCUAACAGGUGUAUACAGUGAGGUACACUAAGUGCAGUGGGUAUUGGAUACAGUGAGGUACACUAAGUGCAGUGGGUAUUGGAUACAGUGAGGUACACUAAGUGCAGUGGGUAUUGGAUACAGUGAUGUACACUAAGUGCAGUGGGUAUUGGAUUCAGUGAGGUACAAUAAGUGCAGGGGGUAUUGGAUACAGUGAGGUACACUAAGUGCAGUGGGUAUUGGAUACAGUGAGGUACACUAAGUGCAGUGGGUAUUGGAUACAGUGAGGUACACUAAGUGCAGUGGGUAUUGGAUACAGUGAGGUACACUAAGUGCAGUGGGUAUUGGAUACAGUGAGGUACACUAAGUGCAGUGGGUAUUGGAUACAGUGAGGUACACUAAGUGCAGUGGGUAUUGGAUACAGUGAGGUACACUAAGUGCAGUGGGUAUUGGAUACAGUGAGGUACACUAAGUGCAGUGGGUAUUGGAUACAGUGAGGUACACUAAGUGCAGUGGGUAUUGGAUACAGUGAGGUACACUAAGUGCAGUGGGUAUUGGAUACAGUGAGGUACACUAAGUGCAGUGGGUAUUGGAUACAGUGAGGUACACUAAGUGCAGUGGGUAUUGGAUACAGUGAGGUACACUAAGUGCAGUGGGUAUUGGAUACAGUGAUGUACACUAAGUGCAGUGGGUAUUGGAUACAGUGAGGUACACUAAGUGCAGGGGGUAUUGGAUACAGUGAGGUACAAUAAGUGCAGUGGGUAUUGGAUACAGUGAGGUACACUAAGUGCAGUGGGUAUUGGAUACAGUGAGGUACACUAAAUGCAGUGGGUAUUGGAUACAGUGAGGUACACUAAGUGCAGGGGGUAUUGGAUACAGUGAGGUACACUAAGUGCAGGGGGUAUUGGAUACAGUGAGGUACACUAAGUGCAGGGGGUAUUGGAUACAGUGAGGUACACUAAUUGCAGGGGGUAUUGGAUACAGUGAGGUACACUAAGUGCAGUGGGUAUUGGAUACAGUGAGGUACACUAAAUGCAGUGGGUAUUGGAUACAGUGAGGUACACUAAGUGCAGUGGGUUAUUGGAUACAUUAUUCCUAUUGCACAUUAGUGGAAGUUUCUGGUUAUAUUGAUCGAUGUUCAGGAUGUCUUGUGUCGUAGAACUUUCUAAUUUGGGUGUGUAAUAGGAUGAAGGCCUUUAUUUUACAUUUAUAUUUUUUUGUAUACACUUUUAAAAUUAUAUUUUUAAAAUAUCAUAACUAUAUUGCACUUGAAAAGCUUAUCCAAAACGAUUAAAUCAAGGUAUGACCUGGUACAGUGUAUGGGUGAUGCUUGGACUAUUUCUGAAUUUGCAUAAGUCAUAUUCAGUUAAAGGGCUCCCCAAUUUCCAAAUCUGCUUUUUGUUUCCGGUACAUGGUUGUUUAUUGACUUGGAACGUGGUCUGUCAGCUCUUGGACCAUGACGCAUACCCUCAUUCAUGUUCCUGAACUAAAGUAUCAGAUAUGGACUGGGACCGAAUGGUGGCAUUGUCACUUCUCUCAAUCUGUUUGCAACACGCUUUGAUCAGGUGCGUACCCAGGAAGUUUCAUAAUAUUUAUAUCACCUUUCUUUAACAUGUAUGUACUUGGUGGUCUUGACUUUUAAUUGUUGUCUCCUAAACAAACUGGUCAGCACAAUUAUAAUGUCCUCCUCCAUAGUUUGUCCGGCUGUGCCUUUAAUGAACUGGAUUGGGAUACUUUUUUAUCACAUUGAGUGGUUAUUGUCAUAAUUUCUCUCUUAAACAGAGUGCUCCACCUGCUGGUCCCCUGUCAAAGCACGCUGCCUGCUGGUUUGGGGCAAUAAUGACUCUAAUUAUUGGAAGAACGAUCCAGUUCUUUCCUGUCCGAUAGCCUGAUGGUGCUCUGCGUAUACUUGUAAAUUGGAGGAUGGGAGAAAUUGCCACUGGUUCCAUUUAUAUGCAUGAUCUGUAGCCAUGCAGUGUGCAAGGAAUGUGCUUGUUCUGAUUAAUGUUAAUUUGUGCCAUUGGAAUGUUACAAAGUUGCUGUGUAGUGAUUUACUCUCUGUCCCUACAGGUGGUAAAAUUCAUAGAACGGCGACAGAAGGAUUGUAGGUAAGGAGUCUAUAUUAGUGAUUCCCAACAUCUUUCAGUAUCUCCUAUCAAAACAUGACUGGGUUCUCAGUACACAUUGCCUCUUUUACUUGGGGUUCUCUCCUGUGGCUUUCUCUCCCCUUUCUGUACUGGGUGCUCUACUGUGUAUGCAGAUUACCCUCUGUCACGUGGCUGUCUCUCUCUAGGUAUGUCCUGAUAGAUACUCCAGGACAGAUUGAAGUAUUUACAUGGUCUGCAUCGGGCACCAUUAUAACAGAAGCUUUGGUAAGUCUCUGGGCAGAACCGGGUUAGAGAGGGGAGUGCUUAGGCUGGUGCAAUCUGUUGGCGGGCAGUUAAACCAUUCUAUCAUUUUAUAUGGGCAGGGGGGUUAUCUCUGCUAUGUGUAUGGGGGAGGCGGUCAUUCUAUUUAGGUUAUCCCUGCUAUGUGUACGGGAGGGUAUUAUUUAGGUUAUCAUUGCUGUAUGUAUGUGUGUAUAUAGUGUGUGUGUGUGUGUGGGUGGUAUUAUUAACUGUUAUGUCUGUGUGAUGGGGGAGUAUUAUUAUAACUGAUAUGUCUGCAUUGUGACGUACCGCCUGGCACCCUGAACGGGUACCUCCGUCAAUCAUUGCGUCCUAGUACUUGCGAACACCAUAACUAUCAUAAACCCCACAAACCACCGCAGCUUGGUUGGGGUUUCGCUGUCCUCCACUCACCCUGGACCCAAGACCAGGAUCCAGCUUCCAGUGGUUAGACCUCUCCUAAUCCAGAGAGCGAAGCAGGCUGCUCUUACAAGAGCAAGUGUUGGGAUCCAAGGGAGAAUGGUGAUUAUAGCAAUCCCCAGAGUGUGAAUAUAGCUCUCCAAUUCCCCAAACAUGAGCCUAGACUUCAUGAAGGGUAAAACUAAUCUUGUUUAAUGGCAACCACAACUGGCCUUUUAGGACAGUCCCCAUGCAAGGGGCACUCCCCCCUGGACCUGAGAGUAAACCACAGUAGAAAUAUAUACACAAUCACAUUGGCUCCCAGGUCCAGGACAUUCCUAUACAAAAUCAGAUAAUCCCUCCUCUGUGCCUGGGAGAUAAUUGGAUUAGAUUAGUACAGUUCCUGAUCCAAUUAUCUCCAAGCACAGAAAAAACAUACAUUUUUACAAACCCCCCAAAUACCUUAACACAUACAAAAACCCCCCAAAUGGUACAUCCCCUGAUAGCCCCGUUCUGGGUGACCUACAUAUCCAAAAAUCAGGGGUUCAGGAAUUUCCUGAAAGUCUUAUUUUUGACCGACCGUGCACAUGGUCCCAUGCCUAAAACAGAUACAGGGAAUCAGGGCUAAUGGUUGGUCUCUGUCUGGACCACAAAAGUACAUAACUCACAUGAACAGAGCCUUUUCAAGUGAAUUGGGCAAGGUAUAUUGCAGGGCCCAUAGUCCUGAGGCAAGAGGCUGGCCAGCAGGCCCCUCCAAAAACCCGCUAUGAGGUUUAGUUCGUCAGAUGCGUGAUUGGGGGCUAUUAUUAUAACUGAUAAGUCUGGGGGAUUUGCUGCUUUGAAGGGUGAUGCAUUCUGUAUUCCUUUAGGCCUCCUCCUUCCCCUGUGUGGUCGUGUAUGUGAUGGACACGUCUCGAAGCACAAACCCUGUGACGUUUAUGUCAAACAUGCUGUAUGCGUGUAGGUAAGUGCCAGCAGACUCCUGUAGUCGUGGUGUUUUCAGUAGUGUUCGGUGAUUAUGGAUUGUAUAGGGUGUUACUGUUCGCUCAUUCUCUAAGAGCUUUCUGGUUUCUGUGUUUUUCAGCAUUAUGUACAAAACAAAGCUUCCCUUUAUUAUCGUUAUGAACAAGGUGAGUUGUAGUCCGCACUCUUUCUCCCCGCGGCGGCACUUGCGUUCACACUGGCUCCCCGUGUCAGCAGUCUGCUUGCACGCUGUCCCUCCUCCCUCUGCCCCCCCGCGGCAGUCCACAUUCACAUGCAUUGGUUCACAGUUUGGUGCAGAGCUAAUCACACGUGCGCUGUAAUGUCUUCAGCUCUUUCUGCAGUGGAAUGUAUAUAUGGAAGGGAACAUGCUAAGGACCAUAACAACCUCUACAGACAGUAAAUGUCAGUGUCCCUGCACCAACUCCCACUUUCGCCAUCCAAGUUGUGCAAAUGGCAUGUGUCCUUACUUCCGCUAUACCACUGCUGCCCAAAUUUGUGAUCAAUGGCCUAAAGGUUGUGGCACAUGUCCUUAUUCAAAAAACUAAAUGGAGAUGUAGAAUGACACUGAACUCCAUUUCCCAUAAAUGCCUUCCAGAUGGAUUGAUAAUUUAGAUAAUCUGUGUCUUGCAGACAGAUAUAGUCGAUCAUAGCUUUGCCGUGGACUGGAUGCAGGAUUUUGAGAGUUUUCAAGAUGCUCUUAAUCAGGAGACGUCUUAUGUCAGUAACCUGACUCGAUCUAUGAGCCUUGUUUUGGAUGAGUUUUAUAACGCUUUGCGGGUAAAGUAUAUAUUUAGUUAUUAUAUUUAGGUAUACAUGAUGUUAGUGGGCGCUGUAUGUUGCUGGAGUGUGUAGUGAGUGUUCAUUGAAGUUGUUAUGGUCCCUGACAGGUUGUGGGAGUGUCUGCAGUAACUGGAGCUGGGAUGGAGGAUUUCUUUGCCAAGGUGGCAGAAGCCGCGGAGGAAUACAUGAGGUGAGUGCAUUGUUCUGAUAUCAGUGUGUCUGGGCACAAUUUCUAAAUUAAUUUUAAAUACCUCCUGUGUAAAACGGAACAACAUGGGAAAUGCCUGGUCUAUAAAAAACUGAAAAUAUCCCAUUCCCUUUGCCCAUAUUCAGCAUCAUGACAGCGUCCAUGUUUCCUUGUAUAUCAAACUAGGAUAAAGUAAUCACAUUACAUCAGGACAAAAAGUACAGAUUUCAUUAGAAUAGGUCAUUCCGUGUUACACCCCCCUUGGCUGGCAAUCAGACACCCGGUCCUGUUGCUUCCUGGUUUGAUUAGCUCAGUGAAAUAAACUCAAGAGGCAGCAAUUGCCCAGAGCACCUGCCUUGAAAGACGUCUCGUUGAGUGAAUUCUGCGGCAAUUGGUCUGGGCUGUUUCUGCAAAGAUUAGACAAAGGAAAAUCAAAGAGUUACAAAAUGCCAGUUUCACACCUGUACAGCCUCUCUAUCUCAGGGUGGUUGUGUGGUCACAUUGGCAGCCUUUAAACAAUACUUUUUAAGCUAAACACUUUUUGCAUUUUUUUUUUUUAUCAUAUUUUAGUCCUGCGACUUUCGCCGUGUCUGGGUGCGCACUGUCCCCAGAUGGUACGUUUUUCUAUUAGAGCAGCGUUUUGGAAACUAGAAUUCCAUUUUAACAUGGAGCAUAAUGUGUGUCUCUUUUCAGGGAAUACCGACCGGAGUACGAACGUCUGAGGAGAGCGGCGGUAAGUUAAUUAGGCUCAAAAUGUAUCCAUCAUUGCUCUGUAAUCUUUCAAAGGGUUAAAAUAACCUUCAGCCACACUUUGGGGUUAUGAAAUGAUUGUAAUAGUACAGUAGAUGGGACCUGGCUGAGAAUAGUUUAUUUUCCUUUCUGUGAUAAAUGGCCUUUUCUCUGUGUUCACUAAAUUCUUAAACUCUGCCUCCUAAACAUCUCCCAGAAUGUGAUUUGAGAUUAUCACCAUACCAUUCCUUACUAAGCUGUUCUCUAUGCAGGAGGAGGAGAAGAGACAGGAGCAGCAGGAACAGUUGGACAGACUGCACCGUGAUAUGGGAUCUGUUGCCCUGGAUCGUGGACAAGGCCCAGGUAAUGUGAUAAUUGUCCUGUUCCCACGGGAUCGGCGCUGUUGACUGCUUGCUUACACUGUGUAUUAAAACACGGAUGUGAGAUUUCCCAAUAUUUACACCACAAGGGAGGGCAGUGGGUGUCAGCCUUCCAUGGAUUAGAGAUAAUGACAAAACCACCAGAGGUGGUGCCAUAACUUCCUAGCACCAUAGUAGGUAACGUAUAAAAGCUACAGUAAAUAUGGUGCCUGGCAUGCCCUCCUAAGAGGAAUGGUCCCACUACCCAUCUCAGCACUGAAUCUUCUGACUUUUAGCUUGUUCUUUAUUUCUAUUUCAAUUCCAGUUUUCUAUUUUUUUGUUUCUGCAAGUAAGCUGCAUCCAUUGCCCCACUCACUAGUAACUCAGAGCGUUGAAAUCUGUGAAAUUUGCUAAUGUAGAUCCAUAUUGGUCGGUCUUGUAUGUGACAUAAUAUUCUACACAGUGCUUUACAACACCCAAGGUCAUUCACAGAGGUCUACUAGGGAAGAUGGAUUGGUUACAACAAAUGUUUGUUUCCUAUUUAGACAAUCCUACGUACCCUGAUAGUGGAUACUGUUUUAAAUAAUUAUUGUAACAGAGCCCCUAUAUUCUGAGUGGUACCUCCUUGUAGAUUCCUCAAGGUUCCGUAGAGAAGCAGUGAUUACAUCUCUUGCCUACCCAAACAUCAGUUGAGACUUGAUGAAGGGUACAAAAUGAACUGGUUCAUUCAGCCAAACGCACACACAUUUAUACCCAGACCCCAAGCAUGGGGUUUCCAUGGUAUUUGCAAUGGCACCCCCAGGCAUAUUGAUAUUUUUAAAUGAUAUGGAAUAAAAGUUAUAUUUUAUUUUUACUAUCAUCAAGAUCAGCACUGGGUAAUUACUCUCCAAUCCAGUAGUGCAAGCAUCUCGGUGUGUAUAUAUAUUUGCCGCGGACAUAUUAGGUAUGUCUGCGGUCCCUUAAAGGCCAUUUUUUGUCGGAUGUACCCAGUACAUCCAUGGUCAUUAGGGAGAUAAAUUUAAUUCUAUGUAUAUCUCCCUAAUGACCAUGGAUGUACUGGGUACAUCCGACAAAAAAUGGCCUUUAAGGGACCGCAGACAUACCUAGUAUGUCCGCUGCAGAUAGGAGCCCUGGGCUUACCUGGACCGGCGAUCAUGGUCAGAGGGGACUGCCCAAGACCCCAGCAGUCCCCCUGCAGUAGCUCCGGCCCUCGAGGGCCAUGUGAUCACCAUGAUCAAAUCGCCGCAAUAGGAGCUGCCAUCCGAGGGACUCUAGGAGCGGUCAGGCAGUCCCACAGGCUGCUUUAAAAAAAAUAUAUUAAAGGACCACUAUAGUGCCAAGAAAACAUACUCGUUUUCCUGGCACUAUAGUGCCCUGAGGGUCCCCCUCCCGCCCGGCUCUGGAAGGGGGAAAGGGGUAAUAACUUACCUUUUUCCAGCGCUGGGCGGAGAGCUCUCCUCCUCCUCUCCGCCUCUGUUACGCUCCGCCGGCUGAAUGCGCACGCGCAAGCUGCGCGCGCAUUCAGCCUGCGCGCAUUUCAGCCGCGCUCUCACUGUGAUUUUCACAGUGAGAAGCACGCAAGCGCCUCUAGUGGCUGUCAAUGAGACAGCCACUAGAGGAUUAGGGGGAAGGCUUAACCCAUUCAUAAUUAUAGCAGUUUCUCUGAAACUGCUAUAAUUAUGAAAAAAUGGGUUAACCCUAGAAGGACCUGGCACCCAGACCACUUCAUUAAGCUGAAGUGGUCUGGGUGCCUAGAGUGGUCCUUUUAAUAUAAAAUAAGUAAAGCAUUUUAUAUUAUACAAUAUUCAACAGAAAAAAAAUAAAAUAGAUAUAAAUGUAUAUGUAUAAAUAUAAAUGUGUAUGUAUAUAUAUAUAUAUAUAUAUAUAUAUAUAUAUAUAUAUAUAUAUAUAUAUAUAUAUAUAUAUAUAUAUAUAUAUAUAUAUAUAUAUAUAUACACAGAAUCCAGCGCACUCUAUUAUUCACUAAAAAAUUAUUUCAAAUCUUAGAGAUUGUAAUAGCUUUAUUUAAAAACACCUCACCCAGGCAAAAAAUAAUGGGGGUUUAGUUACAUUAUAUGAUCAUAUAUUGCGUAAGCCUGCCACAACGUCAAUGUACCCCAUUCUUGGCAGGUCCUACUCUAGCAGCCUAAUGCUUGCUCUUAUGAGAUUAAUCCACUUACUUGGGGGAAAAAUUCCAUCUGGGGCUCUCUGCAGUACAAGGCUAACUAGGGCCCUGGGAUGAGACACACGUGUAAUACACACUGUGUGUGUGUAUAUAUGUGUGUGUGUGUGUGUGUGUAUAUAUAUAUAUAUAUAUAUUUUGUGUGUGUGUGUGUGUGUGUAUAUAUAUAUAUAUAUACACAUACACAAUAUUUUUAAUUUUUUUUUAAUAAAAAAAAAUUAAAACGCUAACUUUGGCCAGCAUUUGUGGCUACUACAAAAGACUGGACAUACCCCAUUUUGAAUUCUGUGGGUUGUCUUUUUUACAAAUUUUAUGCCAUGAUGGGGGUUAAUUUUCAUUCCUGGGCUGCUAUACGGUCUCAAAGGCAACAUAGGUCCAGCAAACCAACCUGGCAGAUUUCAAUGUGCAAACAUGGAAAAGGGGAAAGCCCUACAUUUGACCCUGUAAGAUUGCAAAAACCCAUAAAACCUGUACAUUGGGGGAAGGAGAUGUUGAACACAUAUUGGGGUGUUCUUUGGCAGUAACCCUUAAAGUUCUCCGUACAUGUAUUCUUAAAUUGCUAUGUGUGUCAAACAAAAAUCACCAACUUUAUUUUUAUUUUUUUAUUUGGCAUAGACUGGUGGUAAAAUGGUUGCAUGAAGAGUCGAAAUACCCCAAGUUUAAUACCUUAGGGUGUCUUCUUUCAAAUAUAUACAUGUGAAGGGUUAUUCAGGGAUUCCUGACCGAUAUCAGUGUUACAAUGUAACUUGCAUCAUUUUGAAAAAAAAAAAUGGUGCUACUUUUACUUAUAGCCCUAUAACAUUCCCAAAAAGGCUAAGUACAUGUUAACAUUUGGUAUUUCUAAACUCAGGACAAAAUUUAGAAACUAUUUAAUAUGUGUGUUUUUUUGCUGGUUGUAGAUGCAUAACAGAUUUCGGGGGUCAAAGUUAGAAAAAGUGUUUUUUUUGUUUUGUUUGUUUUUUCAUCUUAUUUUACCAUUAUUUUCAUCAUAUCAUAAUUUACUAUAACAAAUGUAUCUUUAGAAAGAUCAUUUAAUGGCGAGAAACAGUAUAUAAAAUGUGUGGGUACGGUAAAUGAGUAAGAGGAAAAUUACAGCUAAACACAAUGUAAGAAAUGUAAACACAGCCCUCGUCCCAAACAGUAAGAAAAUUGUAAAGCGAUCUGGUCACUAAGGGGGUUAAACUUCUUGUGCAAUAAAAUGGUUAAAAGAAAUAACACACCUGGUCACUGCAGGGCCUGUAAUAUCUAAACCAAUAAUGUCCAGCAUCUGAAUGCCAGUUCAGGCACAUCUUGCAUACAGCCUGUCUCAUUUGCUUCUCCUGGGGGGAUCUUUGGACAUUCAAAAGAAUAAUAAAGAUAAGGGGUAAAUGAAAAUUGGUUGACCACUAGUGUUUUGUACUCUUUCACUGCUAUGGGAACAUGCCUUGUGUUUAGAGAUUGACUUAAGAAUACUACGCAACCUUUCCCAAUUGUAAGAGAAACCACCUUCUUCCAGGUUUGGACGAAAUGGCAGUAGGACCAUCAGAUCUGAUCCUUUCACGGGGUAACGUGGAUGAUGAUGACGACGAGGCAGAGGACAGCGAUACAGACGAUAUAGAUCACUCUGGUAGGUCUGCUAUAUUAUUUGAGGCAUUAGAUGCUUGGUGGUCUGUCUCCACGCGAUUUUAGGGGUGCAAGAUGUAAGACUGAUUAAAGGGACAUUCCACUGCCAUAAUGCAUGCAUUUAUUUUUUAUAUAACUGGAGUAAUAUCCAAAAACCAUAUGCACAAGCUGAAGAUCUCUUGUCUGCAGCCUUUGCAAGACCUCCCCUUGUAACCCCACCCAGACUUUGUGUCUGUCCAAUCACAGGCUUCCUAAUGCAGCUCAAUGAGAGGUCUUUAAAGAGGCAGCAGUUUCCCAGAGCACCUGCCUUGUAAUUUAUCUCCACUGAGCUAAACAAAUGAGGAAGUAAGAGGACCGGUUGUCUGAUUAACGGGUGUGGGGAUGUAAUAAGGUUAAUUUAUAAAAGUGCCAAUUUCUAUUGAAAUCUGCAUUGUUUGAUUUAUUUACUGUGUUAAGGUUUUGACCUUUUUGUUAAAUUGCUUCGGGGGUCCCUUUAAGAAAAUGUUAGUGUUGAUUUUGUUAGACGUGAAGCCGUUACUGAUCUUUUCUAGGCGUUCUGACUAAGCCGUGUGUCCAUCAUUUAAUAAGAAUUGUUGGAGGGUUAGUUUGAUGCCAUGCCUUUCCAAGUCCCUCCUGUCAAUACAGACUGAUAUCUAAUGAUGUUCUAGGACUAGGUCAUAAGUGUCCAACCGUUUGGCUUCCCUGGGCUGCAUUGUGUGAAGAGGAAUGGUCUUGGGCCACACAUCAAAUAUUUACAUUACUAUAUUAUAUAAGUAAUAAAACCUUAAAAGCUAUUUUCUUUGAUAUUUGUUUAGUAGAUAACUCCCUUAUGUGGGAUUGACAUUUAGUAGAUAGCUCCCUAAUUUGGUAUCCUUAAACACAUACACAUGUAAAUACAUAAUCACAUUCAUAUACAUUUAGUAAUGAUGCGUAUAAGAGGUCCACUCAGCUUCCCUACCUUACUUUAUGAGGGCUGGAGUGGGUCCUCUCCAUGGUGGCCAUUUCUGCAUAGGUCCUUCGCCCAGUAGUGAUGCCGAUGCCAGGAUGAUAUCAUAUCCUGGCUGCGGUCUCACUGCAGGACAAGAGAAGCACAGUAUGUAAAAUCUUACUUGUAUUCAAGUCUGCAGCUGCUUGCUUUGUCUGUUUCCUUUAGACCUGCCCACUGACAGCAGAAGUGGUAGUCUGAUCCCUUGCCGCCCAGCAACCCAAAUGGAAACUGCGCAGCAUUACUAGUGGUUCUGGGCUGCAGGUUGGACAUGCCUAUUCUAGUCCCUGAAUGGACAAUGCACACUUUUUUGGGGGGGGUAGGAAAGGAAGGGGUAUGUCCUUGCUGACUGGAAGCUCUUUAGCAGUUCUGUGGUACCAUUUUCUACUACUCUGUCCUUAUAUAUUUACAUUUGUAGGAAGAAUAAAAGCACAAAGUUUCUUUGUUUUCUGACGUUUGUGUGCUAAAUGUCCACUCUUUAAUGAACGCCAAUUUAAAACAAAGCUAUUUUGAGUUGAUGCUGAAACCCUGUAUGGCUCCCACAGAGCACAGGCUGAGAGAGAAGUGUUGGGGCCCAUCCAGGUUUAUACUACUUUAAAUAUUCUAAAUAUUCUUAUUGUUUGCUGACAGUGGCCGAAGCAAGACUGGAGGAACCCGCUUUCCAGAACUUUCUGCAGCAAGCACAGAGCAAAUACCGGGAGAAGCUUGGCCAGUGAGAGAGCAGGACCACCACAUCAUCCACAAGUGUUUAAUAUGCAAGCAGGAAGUCUCUGUAACCACGUAUGGACAAUCUCUGAAUCGCAGUGACAAACCCAGAAAGGGCUUUGGAGGCAUUGUAUGUGGCUACAAAACAUUGACAAUGAGCACCUGGUUCAAGGUCUGAACCGGUAUCCUUGACAUGCAUACAUCGGACAAGAACUUUAGUAACUCCUAUGACAUCCUGACGUCUUUCAAUCUACUUAUGAGACGGGGAAUAAAACCUGAGGCAGGUUUGCAACAUCUGGAUGAGACCGAGGGAAUCGCUGCCCCAGGUUCACAUGUCCUCAACUCUGCUGUAUGAGUAAGGGAAUCUGUGUCCUGAGACUGGAGGACCCUCUGGACAGCUAUUCUAAGGCAUUUUCAUCACUCUCAAUGGCUUUAAUAAAAUCUAGAUUUCACACUAGUUUUCGGCUGUGAAAUUGUAGUUUUACCCUUACUUCCCAGCAAGUUAUCCAUGUGCCGUAAAGCAGUGCUUCCCAACAGGUAGAUCCCCAGAUGUUGUACAACUACAACUCCCAUGAUGCUUUGUCAUUCUAAAGACAUGCAAAGCAUCAUGGGAGUUGUUCUACAACAUCUGGGGUUCUACCUGUUGGGCAGCCCUGCCUUAAAGGUAUAGUAACCCUACUAUCACUAGUGUACGAGACUACCUGUGUAUCUGACUACACGGUGAUGGCUGAGUGCUGGUAAACCUCAUUUACACAAGACAAUACAGCCAGGGGACAGGCUACGUUUUGGGAAAGCUUUUACUGCACAUUAAUAUGUCACUGAAUGCAGGAAAAAUGGCAACCGUCAAGGAGAUUAUGGUAAAGUAGACUAUAGAUUAUAUAUAAACGUGUAGACCUG